ACUAAUAAUUUAAAAAAAAACUUUUCCCACCCUAUUUAUCAUUUAAAAGGAAAGAAGGGCAAACAAACAAUUUAUUUUUUUUUGGCCUAAAGGGCAUAACCACUCUUUUUUUCCAAAUUUUCGCCAGUUUUUAAAUAACCAAAGUCUGGCUUCAAGAAGGAAGAGGUUGGAAAGAAAUUCAUUGGACUUAGUGGGUUUCCUUUUUAGUGUGUAUUAUGCCUAUAACAUCCUACUCCAUCUUGGAAGUAAAUAAUUUAAACUAGGAUGUAGCUUAGUGGCUAAGAUGCUUGUCUUCCGAUCCCAGGGUCUUUAAGUCAAACACUGUGAGAUCACCAGGUUCGUAAUUAGACAAUAUUUUUCUCAAAUUUCCUCAACUUCAUUCUACUGGGCAGAUUAUCAUCUUAAGCCCUGUCCAGAUAAAUCAAAAUUUUAUUUGACAAAGACAUCUGACAUGCCCAAAUAUGGACAUUAUGACAUCACAUCCUGACCAUAUAUAGGCACAUCAUGACUAUAUAUGGGCAUACAACAGUUUUUUUGUUGAAGGAAAUUUGAUAGUCUGGACAGAGCUUAUAUAUGUCAUUCACAAUACUUGAUGAUUCAUGGCAGCAGAUUGUGAAACAGAUUUUUCUUGAGUGCCUGUUGUCCUUUGUCUAUGAGUAAUCUUAAGUUGUAUGGGAAAAAAUCCUGGGUCGUGUCCAAACAGAAUGGGGAGUAAUGGGUCUUCAUUUCUUUCAAUACUUAGAGGCUUAUUUCAGGGGAUUACAAAUAGUGUGGCUUGAAAUUUACUUGUUGCAUUGACAAUCUUCUUUUUGGUCUUUCUCUACUAAUAAUAAGCAUAUUUUUACCAAAGGGAAGGAGACCUUACUUUCAUGGCUUGUCAAUGAAUAAUUAAGGACUGAGGAUUUGGCUCACUGGGAUCUAUAGAUCAAAUCUUUAUUAUGAAUUUUAAAUUAAUAUUGUUUAUAUAAUAAUUCAAGUCAAGCUACUGUAUAUUUUCUUUAAAUUGGAUAUCAAAAUAAAGUUAAGAUAGUGUAUUAUAAUUGUAAAAUAAUGGGUAUCCAGAUAAGCUUAGGAACAAAAAAACCAUAAUUAUUUCUGACCUCAAACAGAAAUCAUCAACGUAUCUACGAAUUACAAUUAAUAGUUUUGGAAGGAACAACAGUGAUGACAUUUUGGUAACCUUGGGUCAGAUAAUCCCCACUUUUUAAGACUUUCAACUGUUUUCCUGUGCUUGGAUAACUUUUGAUUUUUGAAGGCUAAAAGACGUGGGCUUAAAUAACGCAAGUAUGGACAAAGGAUGUGAUGUAUACACCAAGUUUCCUGGCACUAUCCUGAAAAACGUGCACCAUUCGACCAAAAUCUGUAAAUCACAUUAGAUACAAAUUACUGCAUGCCAAAACCAUUGACUUGAAUUUACAUCUAUCCUAAGCUAAACAAUGAAUUCCUAUUCACAUACAGUUUUAACAAUGUUAUAUUUCUUAUGAAUAUUCAACAGGUUCAUGAAUAUUCAUCAACAUUUGAAGGUGGGUGAACAAUAAUAGGACAACAGUAAGUGGUGAUGAUUUCUUAUCUGAAUGUUACUCAACAAACUUCCAACUCCAAUCACUGCAUUAGACAGACAACAAGAUUAACUUUUGUGAGUCACAGCGUCUGAAUUUGGCCUUGAAAAGUAAUGAAUUAUGAAUUAUGACUGUUUUGUAGCCGGUAAGGAUUUACAACUGCAGAAUACAAUAUACAGAAGUACUUACUACAACUAAGUUCAGAUGACAAGAAAAAGGGAAAUUGGCUGAGAAGAAGGGAAGUAUCUUGAACUGUGGUAUUAAUCUAAGUGCUUCAAAGAACAUUUAGUCUCCUUCGGAUAACAACUGAUCAAAUUCAACUACGGAACUUAUUUCUGACCAAAUAUCUUACACGACACCGCGCAAUUGGAGGAAUACACUCAACUACGCUAGAUGAUGAGACACUCUCAUUGCAUCCUGGAACUUUAAGUGUUUGAUCUCAUGAUUCAAGCUGUUAAAAAAUUUUUUUGAUCAGCUGCAAAAAGGCCAUGCAUAGUUUCUGUUGCAGAAAAAAACUAAUGAAUGUUUUUAAAAAAAAAGUUUGAUGAAGUAAACAAUACGAUUGUCUAUUGCUGCUAAGUUUUAUAAUAUAUCCCUCUUCAAGGUAAGGUGGACAGCAGGAAUAUAAAAUAAUAUUGAAGGAUAGUGCAUGGUACAAAUAUACAAUGAUUGAAGGAUAGUGUAUGGUACAAAUAUACAAUUUUGCAAGGAUAUUAACUGAAGAAAAAUAGCUACAACGGAACACAUGUGAAAAGAGACAGCAGCUGACAGCGAGAAAUAUAUUCAUCGCAGGUAUAACAUACAACAAUUUGAUACCAAUAAAGCAGAGAGAAUUGGUUUAUGAGAAUAGUAAUAAUUUUGUGAGAACAGAAGCUAUUAUUUGAUAUCAGAUAAAAUGUUGUGAAGACAAGACUAAUUUUGUGACAAUAACUAAUGACACUAAAAGAUCUUCAAAUAUGUUCAACUGGGCAAAAUCAUCAAUUUACAAGAUAUUCCUUGCGAUUAUUUUGCUAAAAUGCUACACAAACGCUUCUGUUGAAUUCAUUAAAGCACCCUCAAAGACAAUCACAGCAUUUCCAGGUGAAUCCAUAACGAUAGAGUGUGUGAUCAGCGGUUUGACCAACGAUCACAUUGUUGAGUGGACGAAAGGAAUAGACAAAGACAUUGUGAGCCAAAAUCAUGUGAUCCUCGAGGACUACAAGCACUCUUUCACAAUCUCACAGAAGCAGUCUGACUUCAGCCUUUCCUUCAAAAUAUCCACAGACAAUUAUGAAAACAUGGAUUUCUAUCUAUCAGUACUUUACAAUAAUGAAGUUACAGUUCUAUACAGCUUAUCCAUGCUCUCUGUUGCCUGGACAAUACCAGCACCUAUAUGCGCAAAAUUUCUGAAUGGUGAAAGUGCGUCCGAAGGUGAGGAAAUGCGUUUAAUGUGCCAAUCAAGUACAGUUCAUGAACCGGAUAUUUAUUACGGGUGGAGCAAAAACGGCGAAAUUGUGUCACCAGGUAGACUCGUCUACAACCUCUAUGAAUUUUUUAUAUCUAAAAGCGAUCAUAACGCAGAAUUUAUUUGUACCGCGACAAAGUACCGAACGGGUGAAACUCGUACGUGCUCUGUCGAUACAUUCACUGUAAAUUACGCACCAACAGUCCUUGUGAGACAUAAAUCUGCUCUGGAAUAUGAAUGCGAGGUCGAUGCUAGACCAAGUACUACUCCCAUCUGGAGCAUUGAUCCUGUAAUACCGCUCAGCAGUUUCAACGUAGAAGAUUACGUAACAUUCUUUAUCACAGCUCCUGAUUCCGUCCCUAUUGGUGCGACAUUAUUAUGUACCGCAAGCAACUCGGAAGGAGUUGGCAGUGAUAUAAUAAAGAUUACUAAAAAUGAACCCACAACCAUCGUCCCUACACAUAAAGACGAUGCUAGACUUACUAUUCCAUACAGGAAUAAAUCAAGAGUUAAGAGUAACAAUAUGAUCCUGAUUGUGGGCUUAGUAGCUGGUGGGUUUCUGAUUAUUGCAAUCAUUGGUAUUUUCAUGUUUGGAUGCUGUAAGAAAAACAGCAAAAAACACAAAGAAAACACUACACAACAAACAACAGCAUCAUACAACAACAGAGAGAUAAGUAAUGAGGUCUAUGAAUCAAGCCAAUUGGAGUCAGGAACACAGGGGCAAAGGGGUAAAAAAGAUUCUCCAUAUGAGGUCAUGGAAACCAAUGGAUCUUUGAGAAACGGAACAUCCAUUGCUGGUGAGAGUGCCAGAAACGGGGGUGCUCCCGAUGGGCACAGCAGUACCCCAGAGAGUAAUAGUCCAAAAAAGUCAUAUGGGUACACUAAUGUCGUUCUUAAUAUGGGUAAUUCCAUGGAAAACGGAAUGACAAUUACACCAAGGACAAAUUCAAAAAUAAGGUCCCAGCCAUCCGCCCGAAACACUGUUUAUGCCACUACCAAUGAGCACUUAUCUGCCAUGUUGGAUAAAAAACCAGAAUCUCGAAUAACAUACGCAUCUGUCGUUCCAAAAUCAAAGCGUGCCGGUAAAGAAAAUAUGACAAAAUCAAUUCAUACAGAUUUUCGUUUCUCACAAGCGAUUGAUGAGGAAGCCAAGAUAUCACACACAAAAAGGAAACAAGAUCCACGGAUGGGUUAUGCUAAAGUCAUUCCCAAGUCAAAAAGAAACACAAAUAUGAAUAAUGUGAUGGAAAAUACAAAGGACAACUGCAAAGAAGACACAAUAAUUGAAGAUCAAGAACUUUCAACAAUUAAAAAACAAAACUUGCGUUUUGGGUACACCAAUGUCAUCCCGGCAUCUGAGAGAAAAGCGAGUGAAAAUAAGCGAGCAACGGUCUCAUAUGACUUUUUCAUAAAUGAUAAAAUAUCUACUGGUACACAAAACAAGCACGAAAAUGAUCACAAUGUGUCGAAAAAUAAUAAAAUAACAACCAAGCACGAUUACACAGUUGUUAUUCCAAAGUCAAAGCGAACGACUCAUGGUGAUAAAGAAAAUAACUGUUCUAUAAAUAAAUCGAAAGAAUCUCGAAUUAGCUAUGCGGAGAUUGACUUCUCAAGCAUGAAACAGAAUGGAAAAACAAAGAUGGCUUCGAAAGAAGCUCGCGUUAGUUAUGCGGACAUAGAUUUUUCUCAUGGAAACACGAGACAGAACAGAAAAAACUAUACUCCUGUUAUUCCAAAAUCACAGAGAAAUCACGAUGGAAUGAAAAAUUCUUAUGAGAAUCUGUAAUACAAGCAAAGACUUUUAUAUAAUAAAAAUCAAUAGUUUUUAAGGUAUUAAAAACUUGACCUCUACAACACCUAGGUUCCUAUGCAGAUGGCCAAUGAUCAAUUUAAUAAUAAUUCAUUUUGGUAUAAUUGUAAAAAAUAUUGAUUAAUAAUUUGUAAUACAACUGAUGGAUUUGAACCCUGACAAAAAUUAAAGUUUUUUUAUAAGUAAAAAAUAACAUUUUUUAAUGUAAGUAAAACUAGACCUCUAAAAUGCUGAGGUUCCUAUGCAGAUUGCAGAUGGCCAAUGGUUGAUAUUCUGUUUGGUAUAAUUGUAAAUAUGGAUUAACAAUUUGUAUUAUAACUUAUGGAUUUCAUAGAGAACUUCUAGUUAGUUAUAGAAAGAAAUCAGCAGUUAAGAUUUAAAGCAAUAUUGGAUAGUGAGAACCUUGAAAUUUUGCAAUGAGCGAUAAAGACCAAGCAAAAGAGAAAUAUGUCUUUUUUGCUGAUUGCAAUCAUUUUUAAGGCCUAGCAAAUUAGAAAGCAGAUUUAAAAAAAAAACAAAGCUAUUUAUAUUCUGAUGCAAAUAGUGGUAAUUUGAUUAAUAAUUCAAUAUAGCAGUGAUUAGGAAUUUCGAAACAUUUUAAGUUGACAUACUAGUAGUAGUAGCUAAUACUUACAAACAAUGAUUUUUGGUGGAGGUAGUUUAUGUUCUGUCUUAUCUACGACUAUAGACACAACAUGCACAACACAAUAACAUGCAAAGUAGAAAAGGAACAUUACAAAAGACAUCAAUAAGAAUUAAAAUCCAAGCUUGAAACAAAACAUUGACUGUAUUUAUGGUAGAAAAGUGUUUGAAGUAGUUCUGAGUUGAAAAAUCAGAUCUCUAAAAUCUAUGUUCAGUAUUCACAAUUUGUAUACUGUUAUUUUGUAGAUUUAAAUAUUAAUCAACUUAAAUUGUAAAUUGAGAUUAAUGAUAUGCAUGGAUGUAGUAAAUAUUGCGGUUGUAUAAACUAAUU